CACUGACAAGAGAAAGGCUCCUCAGGACAGCAGCAGCCAUGAACAGCACGGAGGGUCCCGAUUUCUUCAUACCCAUGUCCAACGAGACGGGAGUGGUGCGGAGCCCCUACAAAUACCCACAGUACUACUUGGCUGAUCCCUGGGUGUUCUACAUGCUUUCAGGGUACAUGGUCUUUCUCACUGUCACCAGCUUCCCCAUCAACGCUCUCACUAUCCACAUUACCACUGAGCACCAGAAGCUGCGGACACCGCUCAAUUAUCUCUUACUGAACCUGGCCAUGGCCAACCUCUUCAUGGUGGUGGGUGGGUUUACCACCACCAUGCACACGGCCAUGCAUGGAUACUUCGUCUAUGGCCGUGCUGGCUGCAACACAGAAGCAUUCUUCGCCACCCUGAGUGGUCAGAUCUCACUCUGGUCACUGGUAGUCCUAGCUGUGGAGAGGUGGAUGGCGGUCUGCAAGCCCAUGAAGAAGUUUCGCUUCCGCCAGUUCCACGCCUGCCUUGGGGUUGGCUUCUCCUGGAUGAUGGCCUUCUCCUGCGCCACGCCACCUCUGCUGGAGUGGUCACGUUACAUCGCUGAAGGCUUGCAGUGCUCUUGCGGAAUUGACUACUACACCACGAACCCCGAGCUCAACAAUGAGUCCUUCAUCAUCUACGUGUUUGUUGUGCACAUCACCAUCCCACUGAGCAUCAUCAGCUUUUGCUAUACUCGUCUGCUCUGCACAAACAAGGCGGAAGAUGCUGAGUCCGAGCCUACCCAGAGGGCCGAGCACAAAGUCACCCGCAUGGUGUUCGUGAUGAUCAUGGCGUUCCUCAUGUGCUGGCUGCCCUAUGUAAGCAUGGUCUGGUACAUCUUUACGCAUCAAGGCAUCACUGUCAGCCCCCUCUUUGUGACCAUUCCAUCGUUUUUUGCCAAGAGCUCGACACUCUACAGUCCAAUCAUCUACAUAUGCAUGAACAAGCCAUUCCGGGACUGCUUGAUUCGCACCAUGUACAAUGAAGAGAACCCCUUUGAGGAGGAUGAGGAGGAGACCACCGCCAGCUCCUCCAAGACCGAGGCCUCCGCUGUGUCUCCUGAAUAAGCUUCACAUCAAGCUCUGAGGCAACCCUGGUCCUGGAGUUACAUUUUAAGUCCUGAUGCUACAUUUUAGGUUACCUUUACAUUACCAGGUUUAGGUGGCACAAAACCCGAUUUUUUUGCCCAAACGUGACUCAGACUUCAUGUUUUCAGGGCUGUGCAGACACGCAAAUCUGAUCUUUUCAAAUCGGACCUGAGCCACUUUCAUAUGUGGUCCUAGAUUGGAUACAUAUCCAGUACACCAGGACUAGGAUAAAAAACCACUGGGGUCAAAUUUUGAGGAAGAUGAUUUGAUGUAAGAAUUCUGUGUUACUUUAACACAUUUAAUACUACAUUCAACCAUUCAGCUUGCCUGCAUUCCACCACAGCUGCCUAAAACUGUACUACUUGGUUUGUUUCCUGCUCAUAAUAUAUGGAUCUACCUUGACAGGAGAGGAAAGAAAUGACCACAACCAUGCCCUGAUUUAAUUCCUGUUCUUCCAAUUCCACUUGGGAUUAAGCACGGAUGGAAGGUUACACAAAAAUUAAAUGUUUUACUGCAUUUUUACUGUUAUUGCAAAUUCAUUGUGAGGAAAAAUAGAGAAUAGCACUGACAGACAAUUUUUUCUGAUGUGAUUUUGUAAGAUAACUAAAACUGCAGAUUAAAACAAAAGUAGUGCAUAAGCAACAUCGCUGACUUUUCAAAAGUCACUGUACAGUAUGUUAUCUUGGGCCAUACUUGAGCACUCAAUAUGUUCCCAAGGUCAUCUUGGGUAAGGAGAUAAGGCUAAUCAGGGAAUCAGGGCUAUCAGAUCAGUGCAGGUGGAUCUGAAUAACAAUAACACAGGCUCAGACUGGCUGCAGUUAGAAUUAUUAGAUGGCAUGUAUUUCAGUGGGGUUCUGGAAAAACCAGUGCUUUUUAAAGGAUCCCCAACUAAACAAAAUUUUGCUAGUUUCCAUUUGUGGCUCAAGUUCAAUUAUAUUCAAUUAUACAUUUCAUUUGUAAUCUAUCAUGUUCUUAUUCCAAUUCACAGAGUCCUGUUACAGCACUUCUAAGGGAUGUUUGUUUGUCAGCAGUGUGCUGAGAGAAAAAAAAAAAAGCUUUUCUUAACUCCUGAAUGCAUUCCAAAAUUUAAGAUACAUCCUGGCUUUGAAAUGGAAAGCCAAUUAGAAGCGUUUCACACUCAACAGAUGAUUAAAUCAACACCAAGGAAAAAGCAUUUUCAUAUAGAUCAAGCAUACAAGAUGCAAUUGUGGAUAGCAAUAUGACAAUCAAAACAAAUGAAGGGAAAAAAUGGGGGUGGGGGGUGAGGGGUAUUUACAGAUUAUCCAGAAACAUUAAAACAUUAAGGCUAGAACCAUCUUAUUUAAUUUGCCAUUAAAUUUGCUUCAUGAUCAGUUAUUUAUUUGCCUAAAUGAUUCCAUUCCUGUGGUUAGGAAUGAGAGUUUCAUUUAUAUUCAUCAAACAAAAUUGAACCCUUGAGCAUUUUGGCGUUAUUACUUCCUUCUUAGUAACAAUAUUGGCCUGAAAUUCCUCUUAAAUUUUCAUAUGCAAAAAUUUUCGUGCCCCCUGGUCAAAUUCCAAUGAUUUUAAUAAGUAAAACAGGUACACAAACUCUACAGAGAACAGGCCUGCAUAUAGUAUUGCAAAAUUGGUGAACGCAAUAUAUUGGGGGGAAAAACCACAUAAAAAGUGGCCUGUGCAAAAGUUACAUUUUUGAUAUUAAAUUAGUUUUACGUCAUGUUUAACUCAGCAAACAGAAAAGAAGCAUUAAAAUUAGCACAAGUGGCAUAUUUGUAUUUGUUUCCUGUAAAGGCACUUUCAAAGAGAUGUGUUCAAACUCAGUCAGGAUGACUGCAUUGACAGUGAUUGCAAUACAAGAAUGCUGUUGCUAAAUGAAGUUAUUCCAGGUAAAAACCUAAUGCAAAUUUAAUUGAAAUUCCAGGCGCAAAAUCAAGGCCAUAUUACUUGAUGGAGCUAGUUAUUGUUAGAGGACAUGUGAUGGAUAUUUCUUGCCUAUAAUUUGUCAUGGAAACAAAUACCCAUAGAAAUAUUAAGGCAAAAUGAUGUUCAGGUUGCUAUAGCAGCCCUGAUGCCUCUGAUUCUCCUCCAGACUACAGAUUUCAUUGAGCCAAAGUCUCCAUUUACUCCGCACAUGCAUACAGAUAGAUAGAUAGAUAGAUAGAUAGAUAGAUAGAUAGAUAGAUAGAUAGAUGCUUUCUCUACUAACAUGAGACGUUAUGUACAAAAUGACUUUGAAAACCCAGAGGGCAAAGCUGCUUGCCUUCAUUCUGCUAUUUGCUGAAUGUAUGCUUGCAACAGCUUUGGCUAUUCACUAAGAACUGGGGUGUGAGGCAUGGUUGCAAUACAAGUGUUGGACUGAGAGACUCAGAAUAACUCAAGGUCUCUCGUGUUCUAUACAGUUCAAUACAGGUAUGGUAAUUAAACUAAAACUACAGUAACGGUUAAGCUGCAGUAUAUUCAAAGUCUGUUCCUUCCUGUACCUGGUUGCUUUUGUCUGCUCAGUCAAGCAAUCAGCACGUGGUCACUUGCUAUAAAUGCAUGGGGCCCUAACUGAAAUCAAAAUGCAUUCCACAUGAUUCAUUUGCUGUUCGGACUUGGUGGAAAAGCUCAGCUCAGGUGGAUGUGCGAGAAAAAAACAGCCCAGCCUGACCACCUGUCUAACCACAGACUGUGAUGUCAAGGUAGAAAAGGAUGCAAUACAGCAGGGGUGAUGGACAGGAGCUGGAGUUUGAGGUCGAACUCACGAAGAACGAGGAAAAAGUGGAAACUUCAAAAGAGAGGCUUUCUGGCCAGUACACAAUCCCCCCUCAAAUGUCAAUAAGAAAUUCCUCUUGAAGUCAUUUCUGUACUUCCAUCAUGUCCUAACUACUGGUUUCACCUACACCUACUGUUUGUGUAUAGUUACUGUACAUUUGAUUAGAUUUUGUACAUUAAUUUAAUGCUUUUACAGCACAUACAGUUCGUGCAGUUUUUAGGAAGUGACCUUGAUUUUGUAUUUGGAGAAAUUCAUCAUUUCAAUGAUCAACUAAUAAAAAUCAUUCCAUCACUUGGCCAUAA